AUUAUCAAGUAUACCAGUGGUCAAACAGGUUGAGCUGGUUUUGUGUAGUGUCCUAUUGUUGCAAAUGAGAUACUGCUCCGGUCACCUCUUAGAGUCAAUCAGAGUAGCCAUCAAUAAUAAUCAAUUUGAAUCAAUACAACUUAUUAAUGAGUUGAUUGGCUUGGCCACACCUACUUUUGAGAGGCCCCUCCCACUUUUAAUGAAUUCAUUUGCCGUCAUACUUGAGAAUUACGAUAAUGAGAUGCACAAGAUCAAACUGGUUCAAAAUUUUAUGAGCUUAAUGUUAAGACUGCCGCCUUAUCUCGUAUUUGCAAACACACCCACUACUCCGCCCACGGAAGAAUCAUUAAUUAGUCUAGCACGGUUUAUUAAUGAAAAUAUGCUGCUCCAUAUUAAUGUAGACUUUGUAUUGUCACUUGAUGUCACUCAUCACUUAAUUACAGGUCUCAAACAGAGUUUGGACAAGACCCCCUCAUUAUGGUCUUUAGCCGAACUUUUUCUUGAAAAAUGUCCAAUACUUUUAACAUCAAUAUUAUAUCAUUGGUCUGAAUUAUGUGUACUGUCAGAAGAUAACAUAAUAAAGGAGAACAUGCCUAAAGAGAUGACCAACAUAUGUGAAUGGGCUAAGAGUGAUUUUAGUGUUGCUCUCUUUUCGUUUCACUUCUUCUCAUCCUCCUACCUUCCUGGAGUAUCAGUGUUCAUAUUCAACACGUUAACGGCAUCAAGUAAUACUGAUAGAAUCAUGCUAUCUUUUAAGACGUUUAUUGAUCGGAAUCAGUCAAAAUUUGAUACUAAAAAUGGAACAUCAAAAUGGAGAGGAGACUGUUGA